AUGCGUCGCAACAAACAACAGGUCGUGACCCGUACCACAAAGCCUACCUUGAUGACACGGCUCCGAGGUCGCAACGCCAAGACGCGCACCACCAAGACCACCACAACCGUCGAGACCGUCAACGCCCGCCCGGUGCGAACUUCGCACCGAACCGCAGGGCAUCACACGCACACAACGACGACCGUAGUGCGCCAGAAACGCCGUGUUACGCUCGGGGACAAGAUUUCGGGGGCGAUCAUGAAGAUCAAGGGCUCGUUGACGAGAAAACCCGGCCUCAAGGCUGCUGGAACGAGACGCAUGAACGGCACCGAUGGCCGUGGUUCGCAUCGCGCCUACUAG